UUCCACUCGUCAGGAUGUGGCAUCCAGAAAUACCACGUUAUAGAAGAUUCCGAGGAGGGUUUGGUCAGCGAGAUGGAGUUCCCAUGGGUGGUGUCUCUGCAGAAUUCCCGCCACACCCACCUGGCUUUCGGCAGCAUCCUCAGUGAGUUCUGGAUCCUCAGCGUCGCGUCCGCCUUUGAGCACAGGACGGACGCCAUCGCUAUAGUCGGUAUAGCGAAGAUGAAUGCCACAGUGAUUUCUCACGAAGAGUAUCCGGUUAAUACCAUCAUCAUCCAUGAGGGCUUUGAUAACGAAACAAUGACCAAUAACUUAGCCCUCCUGAAGACAGACACGGCGAUGCAUUUCAGCAGCCUGGUCGAAUCCAUCUGCUUCCUCCGCAACCAGCAGUACACGCCGCUGGCCUCGCGGAACUGCUGGGUGGCAGGAUGGAAUCCCACGUUUGCAACAGGAAAUCAAAUGACGAUGAGUAUCCUGAGAAAAAUCUCCGUGCAAGACCUCGACCUGUGUCCCGCAUAUGAAUCCCAGCAAAUAGGAUGCGGCAGUCACGUACAAGAGGAGACCCAUACUGUCUGCCUGGGGGACCCAGGAAACCCACUGAUGUGCCAGCUACAGCAGUCGAAUCUGUGGGUACUGAGAGGAAUCCUGUCCCAGGGUGGUGAGAAGUGCCCUGGCCUAUUUCUGUAUAUCAGGGUGGAAGACUACAGCGACUGGCUCACAUUCAAGACUAAGGCGACCAGCCUUCCCCUGUCCGCCUUCCACCAACACCGGGAGAUUUUCACUCCUUCCUACAGCUACUCAACACACACUACUGUGACACAGGAAAAAUACUCUACGCCGGGCCAGGAUUCAUCAACCCAAACACAGUUCCAGGAACAAACAAACGUGACCAUCUUCAUGGCCAUGUCUCCAUGGGAAGAAACCAGCUCUACGGAGAGUGUAGAAGAUGACGAAAAAGAUGUAAGGGAGUUAGGCAAUCCUGAGGAUACUGUGCAGUCCUCGUACUAUGACUAUUAUAAAGAGGGUGUCAAGCAGAUUGCUGAGCCUGCUUCAGGUCAGAACAGGUUACAUCAGCCCCAAGAAAUGACCUGGCUUUCCUUUGUGUUUGUUUUCUUUUGUAAUGGUAUAGAGUCUAGGAGCUGACCCUCCAAGUAGAAGAGUGAGCUCAGAAUUGCUGAGUGCUGGGCAUUCCCCACACUGUUUCGGUGUCUAUUUUUGAUUGCUGCCCCGGCCCAGCCCGCGGGUCUCUCUUCUCUGUCCCACUGCCACAUACGGGAAGGUCACUUCCAUUUGUGCUUGUGAACUAAAUGUGGCCUAACAAGUCAAA